AGACACCAUCACAAGUCGCGGAAGUACUCGUUGCAAGAGGACCCGCAAUGGAGGAAGCGUUCAGGAGCUGGCCUGCCGGACGGGCCGGCCGUGCUGGCCAGGAGGGUGAGCGUGCAGCCGGAGGAGGCGAGCACCCUGCAGGAGCUGGACAUCGACGACCUGGAGUCGCACAGGAGCGACGACCCGCGUGGAAUGAGGCGGCACAAGGCGGCCCAUUCGACGGUGCAGAUCGGUCGUAGAAAGGAGGGCGGCAUACCGCACGACACCUUCAAGAAGAUGUACGAUCACUCGCCGCACGAGGUGUUCGUCCAGCUGGACGAGUUGUACGGUCUCGGCGAGGAGCGCGAAUGGAGAGAGACGGCGCGCUGGAUCAAAUACGAGGAGGACGUGGAGGAAGGGGCGGACAGAUGGGGCAGGCCCCACGUGGCCUCGUUGAGCUUCCACUCGUUGCUGAAUUUACGCCGAUGCCUAGAGACCGGCGUGGUCCUCCUCGACCUCGAGGAGAAGGAUCUCCCCGGUCUGGCGUACAGGGUGGUCGAGCAAAUGGUGGUGGAGGAGUUGAUCCUGCCGGAGGACAGGCCGGUGGUGAUGAGGGCCCUGCUCCUCAGGCACAGGCACGUCCACGAUCACGAUCGUGGCUUCCGAUUCGGCGGCAAGCGCAAUUAUUCCAGCUACACCAGUCUCCAGAACCUGAACGACGCGAAACCGAAGAUCGUGUCGUCGAGCCUGGCCUUGGACAGCAACCACACGGUGAUCGACAUGAAGGAGGAGCUGACGUACACGAGCAGCAACGAGGACUUGAAGAAGAGUCACAACGACUACAUAUUGAAGAGGAUCCCGGCCGGCGCCGAGGCGACGGUCGUGCUGGUCGGCGCGGUCGACUUCCUCGACCAGCCGACCAUCGCGUUCGUCCGACUGGCCGAGGGCGUGUUCAUUCCGUCGAUCACCGAAGUCACCAUACCAGUAAGAUUCAUGUUCACGUUGCUGGGGCCGAGGAACGCUGACCUAGAUUAUCACGAAAUCGGUAGAUCGAUCGCCACGCUGAUGGCCAAUACGUCGUUCCAUAAAGUCGCGUACAAAGCGAACGAGAGGCGCGAGCUACUGUCCGCCAUCAACGAGUUCCUCGACGACUCGAUCGUUCUGCCUCCUGGUGACUGGGAGAGGCAGGCGUUGUUGCCGUUCGGCGAGCUAAGGGCCAAGAGCGAAGCCAUCCGGAAGCGGAAAGCGAAAGCUCUCGAGGAGAAGAGCAAACCGAUUCAGAGCGAGGCCGCUGUCAAGAAAGCUCUACUUGCUGGCGAGGAAGAGAAGAAACCUGCGGGCGACGACGAUCCGCUUCGAAGAACCAAGCGCCCGUUCGGCGGUCUCAUUAACGACAUCAAGAGACGAUAUCCCUUUUACCUGUCCGACUUCACCGACGGUUUGAGCUCGUCGUGCCUCGCGGCGGCCAUCUUCAUGUACUUCGCGGCGCUGUGCACGGCCAUCACGUUCGGCGGGUUGAUGAGCGACAAGACGCACAACGUCAUCGGCAUCUCCGAGACACUGGUCUCUGGCUCUUGGACGGGGGUGGUGAUGGCGUUGUUCUCCACUCAGCCGCUGGUCAUCAUCGGCACGACCGGCCCGCUCUUGCUGUUCGACGAAAGCUUGUACAACUUUUGCCUGGCCAACGAGCUGGAGUUCCUCACCGUGAGAGUCUACGUAGGAGCGUGGAUGGGGAUCAUAGCUCUGGCAAUCGCCUGCGUGGAAGGGUCCGUGCUGGUCAGGCUCUUCACCCGCUUCACCGAGGAGAUCUUCACCGGUCUGAUUUCUAUCCUGUACAUCGUCGAGACGUUCGUCAAACUGUACAACUACUUCGCGAAGAAUCCGUUGCUCGACGAGUACAGCUUCAUCCCCGAGACGAACGGCACCAAGUUGCACCAAGAGCCGUUGAACGUGACGGAGAUGAAGGUCGUUGCCCCGGAGACCGGCGAAACGGUUGCACUCCUGUUGAACAAACCUCAGACCUUCAUACCGGCGUACAACGUAGUCGGGUUGUUGAUCAACCAACCAAACACCGCCUUGAUGUGCACUAUCCUGUGCCUGGGCACGUUCCUCGGCGCUUACUACCUGCGCAUCUUCCGCAACAGCCACUACCUCGGACGAAGCGCCAGAAGGGCGUUCGGUGACUUCGGCGUGCCGAUCAGCAUCAUCGUGUUCGUGCUGAUCGAUUACCUGGCCAAAGUGAGGACGGAGAAGCUGCUGGUCCCGGAAGGUUUGUCACCGACGGUGCCCGGUAGGAACUGGAUCGUGUCACCCGCUGGCAUACACAAACCUAUCCCCCUGUGGAUGGCCAUGGCUUGCAUCGUGCCGGCGUUGCUCGUCUACAUUCUCGUUUUCAUGGAAACGCAGAUCUCCGAACUAAUCAUCGAUAAAAAAGAACGAAAAUUACGGAAAGGUAACGGCUACCACAUGGAUAUAGUGGUAGUGUGCCUAAUGAACGUCGGCUGUGGUUUAAUGGGCGCCCCGUGGUGCUGCGCCGCCUCGGUCCGGUCGCUGACGCACGUCUCGGCGGUGACGGUGAUGUCACGCACUCACGCGCCCGGUGACAAGCCGCACAUCGUCGAGGUGAAGGAGCAGAGGGUGAGCGCCCUGUUGGUCGCCGUGCUGAUCGGCAUCAGCGUGCUGAUGGCGCCGCUGCUGCGACGCGUGCCAAUGUCCGUCCUGCUCGGCGUGUUCCUCUACAUGGGCAUCUCGUCGACCAACGGUGUCCAACUGUUCGACCGUGUGAAGCUGUUCUUCAUGCCGGUGAAACACCACGGCACGGCCAAUUACGUUCGACGCGUGCAGACGUACAAGAUGCACAUCUUCACCCUCAUACAAAUCCUGUGCCUGGCCAUACUGUGGAUCGUGAAGAGCACCAGGGCCGCCCUGGCGCUCCCAUUCUUCCUCAUUCUCAUGAUACCUCUCAGGGCUCAGAUGACCCACUUUUUUACCGCCGCGGAGCUACGGGCACUCGACAGCAAAGGAUCGGAACACGAGAGUACCGAGGACGAGCCAGACUUCUACGAGGAAGCUCCGUUACCUGGU